UGCAUACUGCAUAUGUUUAACUAAAUCGUACCUGCUAAAUAGUACGCGGUGAUUAGCAAAUAGUAUGCAGUUUAAGUAUGUAGUACGCUAGAAUGGGUAUUCGGACACCGCCAAUGGUACAAAGUUUCAUUUGACAGAAAGGUGCGUGACUACUCCCUCGUGUGGCGAUAAUAAUGGCUUUAGUUUACAAGCGUCCUAUUUUUUUGUAACUCUUCGGAUGUCUCUCUCUCGGGGCUGUAGCCUACGCAGCUAAAACGAUUUAACAAGGUUUCUAGUGUAUGAUCGUCAUUCUUUGAUUUCGUUUAUAAUUAUCGUUUGAUCGCUGAGGCUUGAUUUUUUUUGAUAUUUUUUAUUUCAACGGGAAAUAGUUGAAUGUUGAUGACGUUCCAUUUAUUUUCUCGGUUGAACCGGUGAGCGGGGCAGGAGCCUCCUCUUUUGAGCUGUCAACCUGGCUUCCUGUUCUACAACAUUAUAAAACGAGGACAUUUAUUGUUUUUGACAAAGUAAUUGUUGUUCGUCAUAUUGAUUUCUGCGUAAACUGCAACGUUUUUUUGGAUCGAAUUCUGAGGAUAUUGGCUUUUUUCCCCACCAAGGACCGACAUGGAUUCCCAUCGCUCGGUUCCAGGCUAACACGGGAUAUCAGUUGUCUUUCUCCUAAAAGCUAAAGCUAUUCUUUGAUUUAUUUAUCGUUUGGAGCCCCUCCUACCUGAGUCAGGGAUAGAGGCGGACAUCGAGGUCAAGAGCAUCCUCUCUUCAGACUCUGAUACCUUCUACCAGCUGUAAAGCCAGCCCAUCACUCUGAGCCUGUCUUCACCCCCCACUGAUACGGCGUGUCCUUCCACCAGCUCAGUGAUGACGUCUCGGGUGUUGAUGAGGCAGGAGCUGAUGCGCCAGCAGGCCAGGGACCAGGAGAGGAGAGAGGCCCAGCAGCAGGUCUCCUCGGCCCAGUUACACACCACCGACUCCUCCCCAGCCAUCUCCAUGGCCCCAGAGCAUACUGAAGCCCGACCACCCCCUGCCCAGGUUCCUGUGGAGGUCCUCAAGGUUCAGACCUACCUGGAGAACCCCACUAAGUACCACCUCCAGGCCUCCCAGAGACAGCAGGUUAAACACUACCUCUCCUCCACCGUGGGGAACAAACUGACCAAUCAGACGCUGGGCGCCUCCCCCUCACCUCACUCCGGAUCCGCCCCCGAGCUCCAGCCUGCAGCCAGCAGCUCUCCUAGCAGCCCAUUGGCUGUGCUCAGCCUGAGCUCCAACAAAGAGGAGAUGGAAGAUGUGAUCGAUGGCAUCAUCAGUUUUGAAUCCGGUCUCAACGAUGAGUUCUUUCAGUUGAUGGACCCUGGUCUACAGCUAGCCAACACGCUGCCGGUGUCAGUGAACAUGCUGGAUGUGUUCAGCAGUGGAGGGAUGGCUGCUCCUACCAUCACCGUCUCCAACUCCUGUCCUGCUGACCUGCACACCAUCAAGACUGAGUUAACUGGUACCGUGGUGGAGGCUAAAGCUAUGAUGAAGGAGCGACAGAAAAAGGACAAUCAUAACCAGAUUGAGAGACGGAGGAGGUUCAACAUCAACGAUCGCAUCAAGGAACUGGGAGCUCUCAUCCCCAAAUCUAGUGACCCACCCCCCUGCUACGGAGACAGGGAGACGCGUUGGAACAAGGGCACCAUCCUGAAGGCGUCUGUGGACUACAUUAGGAGGCUGCAGAAGGAGCAGCAGAGAGCCAAGGAGGUGGAGACCAGACAGAGGAAACUGGAGCACAGCAACCGCAGCCUACUGCUACGUAUACAGGAGCUAGAGAUGCAGGCCUGCCUCCACGGCCUCUCCACCCCCGCCUCCUCCUCCCAGGGCUCCUCCUCCUCACACCUCAGCCUAUCACAAUCCCUGGACCCCAGCACGGGCGACGCCCUCUCCAAGACCCUCUUCUCCCUGAGUGGUGGCCCAGGCCUUCAGGCCACCUCCCCCUCCUUUCUGUCUCCACCACCCUCGGCCUCACCGGUUGGCCUGAUGAACAUGGCUUCUCCUCUGGGCUUCUCUGAGCUGGACGACCCGUCUGCCGCAGCCUUCCACUCCUCCCUGCUACCGGACAUGGGUCUUGGGGACAUCUUGAUGGACCAUGGGGGGAUAGGAUUGUCCCCGGUGUGGGCCCGAGAGCCCCUGCUCUCCUCCAUCUCCCCAGGAGUCUCCAAGACCUCCAGCCGCAGGAGCAGCUUCAGCAUGGAGGAGGACUUGUGACUUGAGUUAAAGGACCCUACCCCUUACACUGCUAGGCAAGAGCAGCUUCAUGCAUGGAGGAAAGCCUGUGACUGUUCUCAGUCCAAAACCAACCCCUAGACCAGCAUUUCCCACACUCGGUCCUCAGGAUCCCAAUGGGGUGCACGUUUUGGUUUGUGCCCUAACACUACACUGAUUCAAAUGAUCAAAGCGUUAUGGUUAAAUUAGUAUUUCAUUCCACUGUGUAGUGCCAGGGCAAAAACCAAAACGUGCUUCCUUUAGGAUCCUGAGGACCGAGUUUGGGAGACCCUUCCCUAGACCCUGGCUCCUAAACCCUGGCUCCUGGACCCUAGCUCCUAGACCCUAGCUCCUAGACCCUGGCUCCUAGACCCUGGCUACUAGACCCUAGCUCCCAGACCCUGGCUCCUAGACCCUGGCUCCUAGACCCUGGCUCCUAGACCCUGGCUCCUAGACCCUAACUCCUAGACCCUAACUCCUAGACCCUGGCUCCUAGACCCUAGACCCUGGCUCCUAGACCCUAGCUCCUAGACCCUGGCUCCUAGACCCUGGCUCCUAGACCCUGGCUCCUAGACCCUAGCUCCUAGACCCUAGCUCCUAGACCCUGGCUCCUAGACCCUGGCUCCCAGACCCUGGCUCCUAGACCCUAACUCCUAGACCCUAGCUCCUAGACCCUAGCUCCUAGACCCUGGCUCCUAGACCGUAGCUCCUAGACCCUAGCUCCUAGACCCUGGCUCCUAGACCCUAGCUUCUAGACCGUAGCUCCUAGACCCUGGCUCCUAGACCCUAGCUCCUAGACCCUGGCUCCUAGACCCUAACUCCUAGACCCUAGCUCCUAGACCCUGGCUCAUAGACCGUAGCUCCUAGACCCUGGCUCCUAGACCCUAGCUCCUAGACCCUAGCUCCUAGACCCUGGCUCCUAGACCCUAGCUUCUAGACCGUAGCUCCUAGACCCUGGCUCCUAGACCCUAGCUCCUAGACCCUAUCUCCUAGUAAUUGUUUAAGACACAAGGUUAUUUGUAGAUAAGUCAGUCUGCAAUGUAGUUCAUCUGGAACACGACGUAAGGCCUAUCAGAGGACUGGGGUGAAGCAUCCACAUACUAUGCAUGGCCCCGUCCAUCAAUCACAGAGUCGUGGUCAAAGGUCUUAGUUUAGUCUAGGAUUUGCAAAAUUCCAGUCCCCAGGUUUUCCAAAAAUCCUGGCAGUAAGGUUCCAGAAUUCCUGGCAGUAAGGUUCCAGAAAUCCUGGCAGAAAGAUUCCAGAAAUCCUGGCAGGAAGGUUCCAGAAUUCCUGGCAGUAAGGUUCCAGAAAUCCUGGCAGAAAGGUUCCAGAAAUCCUGGCAGUAAGGUUCCAGAAUUCCUGGCAGGAAGGUUCCAGAAAUCCUGGCAGGAAGGUUCCAGAAAUCCUGGCAGUAAGGUUCCAGAAAUCCUGGCAGGAAGGUUCCAGAAAUCCUGGCAGGAAGGUUCCAGAAAUCCUGGCAGAAAGGUUCCAGAAAUCCUGGCAGUAAGGUUCCAGAAUUCCUGGCAGGAAGGUUCCAGAAAUCCUGGCAGUAAGGUUCCAGAAAUCCUGGCAGUAAGAUUCCAAAAAUCCUUAAAAAAGGGGUCAAAAUGAAUUGCAGACUAUGUGAGAGUAGAUGAAACACGUUAAAAUAGACAUUAACCUAUUUUUAUGUCUGUUAUUUUCAGGAGUUGUCCAUCCCUGGUCUUUAUCAUAGAAAAGGAAACAGGAGUUGGGGAAUAUUGUUUCAAUGAAACAACAGAUGGUGUGUUCAGAAAGCCACAAAUAUUAAAUUAAAAACCAUUAUUUGUAUGUAUGUAUGAUGAGACCUCAGCAUUUGUGAAACUCUGCAACAAAAAAAAGGGAUGGCAUUAUAUUCUGUGUUGAAACAGCAAGAUGAACUGUCUGUGUAUCCCGAAUAGCAACCUAUUCCCUACACGGUGCACAUCGGGAUACUACUGGAGUGCAGUAUACAGGAAAUACGGUGCCAUUUGGGAUACAUGAUAGUGCAGCACUUUUCAUUGGUAGACAUGUUGCAUGAGUGUUGUGUAUGCUUCUAAAGAGUCCCACAGGAAAACCAGUCUGAGCAGCCAGCCAUAUAGUAGACUAAACAGUUACUGUGUUUGUAGACCCAAUGUUCUGUUGUCUUCAACAACAAGACAGUUAAGAGUAGACUAACCCUGAACUUCAUCACUUCCUGUUCCUGGCCUGGCUGGGGUCAAUUCAGUUCAGGGGUUUAAAAAAAAAA